AUGUUAAAUCAGAAAGUUGAACCUCCUUUAGCAAAUAUCUACAGUCGAUAUGCAAGAGAUGAACCAUAUUUAUUUAAAGAUGUUUUCGACCAAGAUGCUGUGAUAGUUCAUGCUUCAUUUUCUGGCGCCCAAAACUCUUUCUUAUGCUUGGCAAAUGACUUUUACGAAAAACCUACAAAGUUAUACGAACCACCAAGUGGAAGUAUUUCAGACUUUCAAGUAUGGUUUACUACAGAUGGAAGAAAAAGAAUAAUUCCAUUAUACCAUGCGUUUUACUUAGAACUUAGUUUCAUAUACAACUACUAUCGAACGGUAAAAAUAUAA